UGCGGUGGUACCUACCCAGGCGAAUUCUUACAUGAGAGACCUGCCACCUAUCCACCACCAGUACCACCAAGUGAGUGUAUGUGUUCCCUCAGGUACUCGACGUCGGCGGCGUCUGAGGAGGUGAACUGCCAGCCGUUCGUAGUGCACACGGCGCACGGGGCCCUCGCCGUGGCGCACAACGGGGAACUCGUCAACUGCAGCAGUCUGAGGAAGAUGGUACUAGGUCGGGGUGUCGGUCUCUCCACGCAUUCGGACUCGGAGCUGAUAACGCAAGCUCUGUGCCUGAACCCUCCAGAGGGCGAGACCAACGGACCCGACUGGCCCGCCAGGAUCAAUAAUCUCAUGAGGCUGGCUCCUCUGAGUUACUCGCUGGUGAUAAUGCUGAAGGACAAGAUAUACGCGGUGAGGGACCCGUACGGCAACCGGCCGCUGUGCCUCGGCAAGAUUCUGCCGCUCGGCUCAUCGUGUGAGUAUAAAAACAUGCAAAAAAACUAUGGGUGCAAAAUGAGAAUGAAAAAAAUCGGAAAUCUACUAACAAAAUAUCCUUUUCGAUGAAUACCGAACAAAAAAAAGGAAAAAAGAUUAACAAAACAUAGUUUAUGAGGGUAAUAAAUACUUUUAAGCAUGCUGGGAUUUAAGUUUAAAUUAUAUUGCAAUAAAAAAAAAUUGUACGGAACAUCCACAUGUUUCCUCUCAAAUAUUCUUUUAUGUUGAUGUCUCAGAAAUUUUCUUCGUAAUAUUUUUUAUCUAAAAAAAAAUGGUCCUACAAGCACGUUACGGUGUUUUUACAAUAUUUUCAAUCUACAGUAUACUAAUAUACAUAUCGUUAAUAUAAUGUUAUAUGAUACUCUUUCAUGCAUUCCUAGGAUAUA